CUCUCUCUCUCUAGCAAACAUGUCCAAGAACACUUGGAAUUCAUUCUUCAUAGCAUGCUUUGGUAGGAAACUUGGCGAAAGGGCGAAGCCGCGAGAAAAGAAGCAAAUUACAAGCUCAAUGACUCCCUCAACCUUCUCUUUCUCCCCAGAGGAUCUCUCCUUGACGCUUUCCGGAUCGAACCUCCAUAUGUUCACCUUCGAGGAGCUCAAAUACUCGACCCGGAACUUCUCGACGAGCAACUUCAUCGGGUCGGGCGGGUUCGGGCCAGUCUACAAGGGCUCCAUUGAGGAGGGGGUGAGGCUUGGGCUUAAAGCACAGCAGGUUGCUGUGAAGUACUUGGAUUCGGAAGGGUCACAAGGACAUAGGGAGUGGUUGGCUGAGGUAAUAUUCCUUGGGCAAUUGAGGCAUCCCAAUUUGGUGAAACUAAUUGGCUAUUGCUAUGAAGAUGAGCAUAGGAUGUUGGUGUAUGAAUAUAUGGCCAGGGGAAGCUUGGAGAACCAUCUCUUUAAAAUGCUUCAUGCUUCUUUACCAUGGUCGACGAGAUUAAAGAUCGCGGUAGGAGCUGCGAAGGGACUCGCCUUCCUUCACGAAACCGAUAAGCCCGUGAUCUACCGCGAUUUCAAAGCUUCAAACAUAUUAUUAGACUCUGACUACACGGCGAAGCUCUCGGAUUUCGGGCUAGCGAAGGAUGGUCCGCAGGGCGAUGACACUCACGUCACCACCCGCGUUAUGGGCACGCAAGGCUACGCCGCGCCCGAGUACAUCUUGACUGGUCAUCUUACAACGAAGAGCGACGUGUACAGCUUCGGAGUGGUAUUAGUAGAGCUACUAACCGGGAGGCCGUGCGUCGACCGCACCCGCCGGAGGAGGGAGAAGAACCUCAUCGAAUGGGCCCGACCGUGUUUGAAAAAGCCCGAUAAGCUGUACCGGAUUAUGGACCCAAACCUGGACCUCCAAUACUCCACAAAGGGUGCACAAAAAGUUGCUCUUGUAGCCUACAAUUGCUUAAGCCAGAGCCCAAAAUCAAGGCCAAAUAUGAGGGACAUUGUUGAGGCUUUGGAGUCUCUUUUGGAGUUCAGUGAUUCAUCUUUUGGGGACCCUUUUGUUUAUAAAGUGAUGGUUGAGGAAAAGAAAGAAGAUAAUAGUAGUAAUAACAAGGAGAAAAUGGAGAUGGAGAUUGAAACACCAGUGAAAGGAGAACACCAGUGUUACCACUACAGGCACAAGAAGAAGUACCCAAAUUCGGCGAUUCAUGCUGAGACUAUUCUUCAUAGAAGCUCAUGCGCGAACGCGUUGUGCCACCACCGCGAAAGAGGGGCAUAAGAUCACGGCGGAUAUAUCGCGGAUGCUCUGUUGAAUUGUACAUAAGAGUGGUUAUCAUACAGCUGUACAAGUGACAUGUUCGCAUAUUCAUUUAUUCUCAUCAUGUUGUGUGCAAUUGAGAGCAAUCUCAUUGUAAUGUUCCACUUUUUUUCUGUGAAAUCAUAAGAAAAACUGCUACGGCACUUAAAACAAUAGGCUCAAUGCUUGCUAAGCUGCAGGAUUUAUGCUUAUUUUCAGAUGUCUUUUUUCAGAACAAAUUCACUGUUGAAGAAGCAGAAGCUUUUGUAAUAGGAUGAUUCAGUGCAAAUAUAGUCGAUUUGCGUGUAUUUAUGUAGUUGGAGGGGUGAAUUUGUGUUCUUUUGGCUGAGGCAUGUUUCUUUUACAGAAAGAGGAAGGGGGUGUAACUAUU